AUGCGUCCAGGAAGUCGGGGCUAUGUCGGUGGAGGCCUACAGCCUCCUGGGACAGGGAUGAGGAUGGCAACAGGGCAGCGCGGAGGGCGUCCCAUGUCCGGCAGGAUGAGGACAGGACAGGUCACGGCCGGGCCAAGUCGGGAAGCUGCCUACGGGGUUGCCUUGUCGCAGGAGGUCAAGGUUACAGACCGCCCGGUGACACAACAGGUACCGCCGAAAACGUUUUUCUCGGUGCUUUGGGGCGAGUAA